ACAGCUUGGCAGUGGGUCGCGGUGCGUGAGGUUUCGUUUGGUUUUCCUCCGCUCUUUCUGAAGUCCUUGUGGAACAGUGAACAGGCUAUCCGAGCGGCAGAGAGCUAAGGGUGAAUGCGAAAAAAGGAUUUGUCCGCCUUCGCCGCAGCAGCCUAGGUCUUCUAAACUCGGGACGCGGUCUGCCUUCGGAGCUCUGUGUGUCCAGCUUUUUGCAGGAGGGAGAGAGAGAAAGAGAGAGAGAGGAAGAGAAAGAGAGAAGAGUGAGAAAGAGAGGGGGAAGAAUGAGGAAGAACUCUCAGCGCACCUUUCUGUCCUACGAAAUGCAGAUUUGCUGAUAAAGCAUCAGUUAUCCGAUCAUACAGGUCGUAGUGGAAAUCUGAGUGCAUGGGAAUUUUAACUUUAAUUGUCUUUACCGGAGUAGGCUAUCGCUCCUUGAUCUCGUAUAUAAGACAACCAAUGUGAGCCGUGAUACCAUACCAUAAACGGCUCUUUACGGCUGUUUCUAUUACCAUUUUCACGUCUUGGUUUAAGCUUCUACUAGGCUACAUUACUACUACCACCGACUCCAUUCGUCCGUGGACUUCGCCUCUUCUCUUAAAAGGAGGGCAAGACAUCCCUGAAUAGUCAUGGACGGUUUCAAGAUCUCCCCCGUCCGUUCCCUCGGCCUCCAGAUGCUGGUCGUCGUGGCAAUCCUCUUCCUCAAAGUGCACCAUGCGACAGGGGGCGCCCCCUCAGAGCCCAGCAUAGACCAGUCUGUCUCCGCGGUACCCAAGGCUAACAAAACCUGCAGCGAACCGGAGCCUUGCUCCAAGGGGGUCGUCCUGCCCAUAUGGGAGCCCCAGAACCCGUCCUUUGGGGACAAAGUGGCCCGGGCUACUGUCUACUUUGUGGCUCUGGCCUACAUGUUCCUGGGCGUGUCCAUCAUCGCCGACCGCUUCAUGGCGUCCAUCGAGGUCAUCACGUCUCAAGAGAAGGAGAUCACCAUCAAGAAGCCCAACGGGGAGACCACCACCACCACGGUGCGCAUCUGGAACGAGACCGUGUCCAACCUCACCCUCAUGGCCCUGGGUUCCUCCGCCCCGGAGAUCCUGCUGUCUGUCAUAGAGGUGUGCGGCCAUGGGUUUAACGCGGGCUCCCUGGGCCCCAGCACCAUCGUGGGCAGCGCCGCCUUCAACAUGUUUGUCAUCAUCGGCAUCUGCGUCUACGUGGUCCCCGAUGGCGAGCAUCGCAAGGUGAAACACCUGCGCGUCUUCUUCGUCACGGCCACCUGGAGCAUCUUCGCCUACAUCUGGCUCUACAUGAUCCUGGCUGUCAUCUCUCCCGGAGUGGUGCAGGUGUGGGAGGGGCUGCUCACCCUCUUCUUCUUCCCCAUCUGCGUGCUGUUCGCCUGGGUGGCCGACCGGCGCCUGCUCUUCUACAAGUACGUCUACAAGCGCUACCGCACGGGCAAGCAGAGGGGGAUGAUCAUCGAGACGGAAGGCGACCGCCCGCUGCCCUCCAAGGUGGACAUCGAGAUGGACGGGAAGAUGCUGAACUCGCACGCCGUGGACUUCCUGGACGGGCCGCUGGGACUGGACCUGGACGAGAAGGACCUGGACGAGGAAGAGACCAGGAGGGACAUGGCCAAGAUCCUGAAGGAGCUGAAGCAGAAGCACCCUGACAAGGAGGUGGAGCAGCUCAUCGAGCUGGCCAACUACCAGGUUCUGAGUCAGCAGCAGAAGAGCCGCGCUUUCUACCGUUGCCAGGCGACCAGGCUGAUGACCGGGGCAGGCAACAUCCUGAAGAAGCACGCAGCUGACCAGGCCCGGAAGGCCGUCAGCAUGCACGAGGUCCGCUCCGACGCCGCCGACAACGACCCCAUCUCCAAGAUCUACUUCGACCCCGGUUCUUACCAGUGCCUGGAGAACUGCGGCACGGUGGCCAUCAACGUCCUGCGCCGCGGCGGCGACCUCACCAAGACCGUGACGGUGGAGUUCCGCACGGAGGACGGCACGGCCAACGCCGGCUCGGACUACGAGUUCACCGAGGGCACCGUGGUGUUCAAGCCCGGCGACACACUGAAGGAGAUCCGCGUGGGCAUCAUCGACGACGACAUCUUCGAGGAGGACGAGAACUUCCUGAUCCACCUGAGCAACGUCAAGGUCCUGUCCGGCACCGGGGAGGGCGGGGCGGAGGACGAGAGCCCCGAGUCGGCCAAUCACGUGGAGGCGGUGGCUUGCCUGGGCCUGCCGUCCACGGCGACCGUCACCAUCUUCGACGAUGACCACGCGGGCAUCUUCACGUUCGAGGAGCCGGUGGUGCACGUUAGCGAGAGCGUGGGCACCAUGGAGGUGAAGGUACUGCGCACGUCGGGAGCCAGGGGCGUGGUCACGCUGCCCUACAAGACCGUCGAGGGCACCGCGCACGGAGGAGGGGAGGACUUUGAAGACAGCCACGGCGUCCUCGAGUUCCAAAACGACGAGAUCUUGUAA